AGCGCUCACUGGUAACGGCUCCUAAUUGCAGAGUUGCAGUUCCGCGCUGGAGAUGUUGGAGGAGAAGAGAUACACAUUCUAGCUUUUCUUUUCUUCUCUUUUAAUCUUGUUUUUGGGUCCAGUCAGUCCGAUCUCCGUCAGGCUAUGUACCACCAGCUGACGGAUCAAACGGUGAACGGCAGCUGUCAGGGACCCACCUCAGCGUGCAAUAAGAGUGCAGAUGGAGACGCGCUCGAGCUUCCCACUUUCUCCACAGCAGCCAAAGUCAGAGUCAUCAUCACCUUCGCUCUGUGCGCGGUGUCGGCUGUGUGCAACUUGGCCGUGCUGUGGGCUGCCAGCAGCGGCGGCAGGCGCAAGUCACAUGUCCGGAUCCUCAUCAUGAACCUCACGGUGGCCGACCUGCUGGUGACUUUCAUCGUGAUGCCGGUGGACGCGGUGUGGAACAUCACGGUGCAGUGGCAGGCGGGGGACGUCGCCUGCAGGCUGCUGAUGUUCAUGAAGCUGGUGGCGAUGUACUCCUGCGCUUUUGUGACAGUGGUCAUUAGUUUGGAUAGACAGUCCGCCAUCCUCAAUCCGCUGGGAAUCAGUGAGGCCAAAAGGAAGAGCAAAGUCAUGUUGGCUGUGGCCUGGACCAUGAGUGUCAUCCUUUCACUCCCUCAGAUGUUUAUAUUUCGCAAUGUGACCAUCACGGUGCCAGAGAAGUUCACCCAGUGCACCACCCAUGGCAGUUUUGUCCAGCGCUGGCAGGAGACCCUUUACAACAUGUUCACCUUUGUGUGCCUCUUCCUUCUACCUUUGGCCAUCAUGAUCUUCUGCUACACACGAAUCCUCAUUGAGAUAUCCAGCCGCAUGGCCCGGAAUAACUUCCUGUCAAGAGACGUUCAUCUACGCCGAUCCCACAAUAACAUCCCUAAAGCUCGGAUGAGAACUCUUAAAAUGAGUAUUGUCAUUGUGACUUCAUUCAUCAUCUGCUGGACCCCGUACUAUCUGCUUGGAUUGUGGUACUGGUUGUUCCCUGAAAAAAUGGAAAAGACAGUUUCGCAUUCACUGACUCAUAUGCUGUUUAUUUUUGGCCUUUUCAAUGCCUGUCUAGAUCCCAUCACCUACGGUCUGUUUACCAUUCAUUUUCACAAGGGUAUGAGGAGAUGCCGUCAAAGUUCAAACGCACGGACUGAAUUAGAAAACAACACUCGCCUUGUACAAAUGACUCGGCUGUCCUCUCGCAGGCAGAUUGCCUCAGAUGUUCACAGUGCAAGCACAGAGGUGGUAUGCGAAAGUAACAGCAUGAAGCAUGUCUCAAACCCAGACAUGUCAAUCAGCAAGAUAUAAUGGCUUAAAGAAUUCCAUAAAUGAAAGUUUUUCUCAAUGAAAUCUUUUUGUGUUAUAAAUCUGUUCAUGUUCCACCGAUAUAAUUGAUGUUGUAUUAUAGCUUACCUUGAGUUCAAUAAUCCUGUAGUUUCUCACACUUAAUACAUCGAAUGCCUCUUACAUGAUCUGAAAGAGCACUGCCACAUUUGAUGAGGGUGACUCAGUACAAACAGAUUGCAAGACAAUCUGUUUGUACUCUGAUUCACAGAGAACUCACUCAAGUCAAACCGAUGAUACAUCACCUUAAACUUGCCAUAAUCUCAACAUUUCAGGACCACUCUUAAUAAGAGUGGGGUUAAAGAUAAGCAUUUAUUGACACUGAAUUCAUUUGAUAAACUCGACACUCAAAAUGACCAGAUUUUAAUUCUGCUAAUUUUUGGAUGCUGCUUGUUAAUAAAAUCACCCUAGCAUUGUUGGGGACUAAGCACACUUGGUCACACUCAGCAGGAUAAUUGCACAAAACUUUUGCAAUCCUCGUCCACAAACUGCUGGGAUUGAAAAGAGUCUCUCUAGAAAUAAGAUGGUUGGGCAAGAAAGUGGAGCAGAUAUGAGAGCAGGAAAUGGGAAAUGACUUGGUGGUCUGUAAUGAUCCUGAUCUAGAUGAAACCAGCUUGAUUCAUGUAGACCUUAUUCCAUAGACCAAAGGAAGUAAAUGAUCCAACCAUGCAUUCAUCUGUCCUUCCAACCAUUGGUUCAAUUAAUUCAGCAUUUCUGACAGGCCUGGAUCCUACCCCAGCUGUCAUUGGGCAAAAGACAGAAUAUACUGUGAAUAGACUGGAGCCCCAUGAUAGACCGUCAAACGAUUUAACCAGUAAGAAAUCCUCUGAAGGUUCUGUGUCCAUGGCCCAGCAGUUCAGAUCUGUUUUGGCAGCACACGGGAGUAGUAGAUGUUUGUUUCUUUUAACACUUCUGCUAGUCAUCGCUUAUUGGACAUCUAAUUGCCCUUAAUCACAAACUGUUUUGGGUGCAAUUACAAAAGACAGGGGAGCUUUUUAACUAAAUGUUACGCCAUGCUCUAUGUAUUAAAUGUGAGCCUAUGCAGCAUGUUGUUGAUACUGACUGCAUGUCCAAAAUCAGUUCUGUGUUUAAUGUGCUGCACCAAAAUCUGACUUGAGUAAAGGCUGUAUAAAACAUCUUUGAGGAGAGCCAUUUGGAUAUUUCACAUUAGU